AAUGUUCCUUUCUGUUUCUUGAUCCUUCUUAGAGACAUGGAACAGGAACAAGUUUUGUGGAAAAAAUUCUAUGUCUGGAAAGCGGGAAGAACAAAUGGAGCUCAUUCUAAAAUUGUUCAAAAACUCGAAGACAUUGGCCACACUGAGGUGGACUCUCCUGAAGAUUGUGACUACCUUCUAGGUUUUUGUCCUGUUGCUUCACGAGUUGGAACAGACAUCACAGAGGCUCUCAACAACAAACCUCUGCAUAAACCAGUGAUUCUGGUGGUGAUGCACCACACUCAUGAAAUUCAUCGUGCUGUAGGCAAAAGCAGUAGACAGGUCGACGACCCAGAUGUCUGCCUCACUGUGGAUUGUCUCUUUUAUGAUGGCACCCUCCUUAACUGCAGUCUCAAUGACAACAUGUGGGCUGACAUCCAGAAUCAUUUUGGAGUUACUCAGGGCUCUGACUUGCUGACCAGGAUAGUCAAUUUGCAUAAACCAGUGAUUCUGGUGGUGAUGCACCACACUCAUGAAAUUCAUCGUGCUGUAGGCAAAAGCAGUAGACAGGUCGACGACCCAGAUGUCUGCCUCACUGUGGAUUGUCUCUUUUAUGAUGGCACCCUCCUUAACUGCAGUCUCAAUGACAACAUGUGGGCUGACAUCCAGAAUCAUUUUGGAGUUACUCAGUGUGCCCGUGACACGAGUCACGUAUCAAGCUCUUCCGAAAGAAAGAAGAAAAUGCUUCGGGGAAAAAAAUUAUUUAUCUUUGAAGCUGGAAAUACAAAUGGGGCUCAUCGUCAAAUUGUUGAAAGGUUGAAAGAUGUUGGCCAAGCAGAGGUGAACGCUCUAAAUGAAUGCGACUAUCUUCUGGUUUUCUGUCCUGUUGUUUCACGAGUUGGAACGGACAUCGGAGAGGCUCUGGACAACAUGCCCCGUGGUAAACCAGUAAUACUGGUGGUGAUGCAUCCCACCUUCAAUCCAUAUUAUGUUGUAGCUGAAAGCCGGAGACAAGUGACCAACCCAAAUGUCCGCCUCACUGUGGACUGUCUGUUUCGUGAUGGCAAGCUCCUCAACUCUAAGCUUAACAAUAAGAUGUGGAAUGAAAUAGAGAUAUUUUUGGAAGUUUCCACUCUCCAGGUUUUGUUGUUUGGAACGAUCAAAUAUUUGAUGAAUCCUCGAGUACUUGGGAUUGCAGCUCUAACUGCUGUAGUGAUCUAUGUGUAUUUCAACCGUCCUGAAAUAAAAAAGAAAAUAGGGCUGUGGUGGAAAGUUUACAUAAUUUUAGAUUAUUUUGAAACUUGCAGAAUGAAUUAUCUUCUUUUGCUUGAAGCUGUGCAGCUACACAAAGUUAAGAACAAUUAUCUAAUUUUUUUUCCCAAAUCUUUAGCUUUGGGGAAAAAGUUCUACGUCUUCGUGGCAGGAAAGACAAAUGGGGCUCAUCAUUUCAUUGUUAGAAAGAUGAUCAGCUUUGGCCAAAGAGAGGUGAAGACGUCUCCAGACGAAUGUGACUACAUUCUGGUUUUCUGUCCUGUUGUUUCACGAGUUGGAACCGACAUCACAGAUGCCCUGAGCAAACUCCCUUGUGAUAAACCAGCAAUUCUGGUAGUGAUGCAUCAUACCUUCAAUAUUGAUUAUGUUGCGGGUGAAAGCCGGAGACAGGUGGAUAACCCACAUGUCCGCCUCACUGUGGACUGUCUGUUUUAUGAAGACAAACUCCUGAAUUCCAACCAGAAUGAGAUCAUGUGGCAUGAGGUGAAGAAAUUCUUGCGGGUUUCUCCUCCUACUCAGCUGUCUCCCUGUCAGAACUUCAAGAACUGUUGGAUAAUGCCUUUGGUAGUGGUAAUAUUAAUUUUGGCUCUGCUAGUAAUUUUAGUCAUAUUUUUAAAACGUUAAAAAGUCGCUGAAAGUGAAAGCUGAUGUGGGUGUUUGUAGAGAUGAGUCUCUUGAUCAGUUAGCAAAAGUAGAAUAGAAGUGAAAUGAUGUAAAAACUGAUUAUACUGAUAGAUAUGUGAACAAAUUCACUUGACUUGAUGAUAAUAUGAAAUUAUGUCAUUAUAUUUCAAGUUUGUAGUUUGAGUGUGUGUGUGUGUGUGUGUGUGUGUGUGUGUGUGUGUGUGUGUGUGUGUGUGUGUGUGUGUGUGU